UCAUCACCAUCCUCUUCUUCUUCUUCUUCUUCUUCUCCCACACUUUCCACUCGUCUUGUCAACUUGGCAUCUUUUUCCUGUUGGAGACGCAAUGAAUCCUCCCUGUGGAAGAUGCAACAAACCGGUUUACCCCACAGAGAAGGUCAACUGUCUGGAUAAGUACUGGCACAAAGGCUGUUUCAGCUGUGAGGUGUGUAAGAUGGCCCUGAGCAUGAACAACUACAAAGGCUUCAACAAGCGACCUUACUGCAGCAUGCAUUACCCCAAAACCUCCUACACCAUCGUCACCGACACCCCCGAGAACCUGCGUCUCAAGCAACAGAGCAUGCUCAACAGCCAGGCCCUUUACAAGGAAGAGUUUGAGAAGAACAGAGGCAAAGGUUUCAGCGUGGUGACCGACACUCCCGAGAUGCAACGGCUGAAGAAGACGCAGGACCAGAUCAGCAACAUAAAGUACCACGAAGACUUCGAGAAGAGCAAAGUUCGAAGUGACGCUCCUCCUCCGGAAAAUAGGCAAGAAGAACCAUCCAGCCAGGAGACUCUUGCUACAGGUCCAGGUGGAGGGAGGCACUUCCAGGCCCUGUACAGCUACACAGCGGCAGAAGCCGAUGAGGUUUCCCUGCAGGAGGGCGACCUCAUCUGGGACGUGGAGCCCAUCGACGAGGGCUGGGUGUUUGGGAGCAACCAACGUACAGGCCAGCGAGGGAUGCUCCCCGCCAACUAUGUGCGGCCUGUGUGAUGAAGAGGAGACAAUGAAGAUAUUUCCAAUGCUCAGGUGUGGACUAUAUUGUCGAUAAGGUUUGUUUUCAGAGCCUUAAAAAACAUGGGAGUCCUUCCCAGAUGAUUUGAAACUUCCUGACAGCCAACCUACAUCAUCUUGUGUUUGUCACCCUCUGCUGGGCUUAAGGCGGUACUACAGUUUUCAUUGAUUUUUUUUUUUUUUUCUCUCACACUUGGAAGACCUUCGCUGUAGACCACCACAAUGUAUCCCACUGGGCAUCGUGUUUUAUCUUAUUAAAGUUCUACCUAAAAAAAAAAAAAAACAUCCAAGUAUAACAAAUAAACU